CACAACAACUGUGCUGCGCAACGUCGUGCCGCAUUCACAAUGGCGACGCUACAGUCAAUACCGCGUUUGCUCCUACCCAGAGCGCCUCUCCUCCUUCGACCGGCCCCGCGCGCCUUCCUCCCGCUCUCGUAUGCAACAACCCUCCGCCAUGCCUCAUCGUCGUCGACUCCGAAGACGCUCUCAGAACAAUUCCAAAGAAGACAGCGGCAACAACAACAAGCUGCACCCACAAUACCGCAACCCGACAAGUAUCGACCACCAUCCCACGGCAAGCGCACGCCGCGAAGCGAGACGAGCUAUCGUAGCUACGGCCCGGCCUUGACAGAGGAGGACAAGAAGCGAAUGGCUACGAAGAAGUACCCGAAUAUGAUGAGUCCAGAGGGAACCUUCUCGCACUGGUUCUUGAACAAUCGGGUCAUCCACCUUUGGAUAACCUUGGGCAUCCUCGUCUCCCUCGCAAUCGCCGCCUGGUACAUGGACUUCAUGUCUAAGACCAUCUAUGGCGAGCUCGUGCCCACGCGCAAAGAGUUCUUCCGCCACCCCUUCGAAACGACCAGUCGCUUCAUCGAGGUCUACAGGAUGCACGUUGCGCACCAGACGCAGAUUGUGCAGGAAAAGCGACUGAAGAAAGAGGAGGAGAUCGAGAAGAGGAAGCAAUACCGGUUGGAGAGGAUAAGGGAAGCUGAAGAGAGGGGCGAGGAGUACGUCGAGGAUCCGAGGUACUAUAUUGGAGAGGAUGGUAUUCGGAGAAGGCGAGUGAAGAGGUGGUUCGGCAUCUGGGAGUAGAGCAUGGGGAAGGGAAUACUUGACUGGAGUAGAGGCGAGGGCCGGGGUUCGACAGAGGAAGCAGGCGGAGCAUAAGACACGGCACAGGCAUGGAAGACAGCAAUUGCCAGACGGUGGUGGGAACGUUGCAUAAGGAUUUGUACAUUGAUGUUGUAACAUACUGGUGCGGGAGGUCGUUCGCAUACUAGCGCUUGGAGCAUGGCUGAUAGAUGUUUUAUAUGGGGAUUUGCAAAAUCUAUACCCAACUCUCUCUUUCCGCGACCGGU